ACCACCGAGUAAACGUGAGGGGAUCUAAACACCAAGACCUUCAUCUGCUACUGCAGAUAUUGUAAUAUUAUUUGGAUGCUCUAAAAAAAAAAAAAGAGGCAGCUAAAACACCAGGAAGGCUGAUCUGUGAGUGUGUGUGAGUGUGUGUGAGGCAUAAGUGGAGCAAAAGAGAUGACCUCUUAGUGGACAUCAGCCAGAGGAUCAAAAUUAGAUGGAGGGAGAGCCGGCCUGUCUGACAGGAGCAAGAGGAGGAAAGAGGACUGAAAAAGUAUGCUCGCGAGAGGAGAGGAAGAAGAGGAAGAAGUCUGGGGUGGUGGAGGAAGGCCCAACUGGACUGCAGAGGCACCGUGACUGCUCUUCAGCUUCCAGCGUCUCCCACGAUGACCGCAGCUCGGCAGCCAGCGGCCUGGAUGUGGCCGACCGGCUGACAUAUCUCGAGCAGAGGAUGCAGAUGCAAGAAGAUGAAAUCCAGCUGUUGAAGAUGGCUCUGGCUGACGUCCUGAAGAGACUCAACAUUUCGGAGGAACACCAAGCAGCUGCUGCUGCUGCUGCUGGGAGGAGAGCACCAGGGGCCAAAGCCAGGCCAGUGUCUCUAGCUCUGCCCUCCAGAGCGCCCGUGAUGACCUCCAGCACAGCUUCUCUGAAGAAGAGCACCACGCUGCCCUCCAGCACCGCAGCCAGGAACUACAGCCCAACACCACCCCGAAGCGGUGUGAAGAGCCCACCUGGUAGUGUGAAGGACAGUCCGUGUAAGACCACUAAAGCACGACCCACCUCUGCAGCCUCAAGCAGUAAGAAAGUUCAGGAAGGCGGUAAGCCCAGAGAGGCUGCAGUAAAUGUAGGGACAAGGCGUGUGACACACUGUAAAGUGACUAUGCAGAUCUAUCUGAGCCCCCUCACAAGAAAGACUGGGUCUUCUGAAGCUGCCAAGUCCGUUUCUGCGGUGCCUGCCCGCAGCGGGCCCACGGCCGCUCCUAACCACCCUCAGGCGAAGGGGGGUGGCAAGCCGGAGACGAGGAAAGCGACCCCAUCAUUCACCUUAAACCUCCAGAAGACCACAAGCGGCCAGAGUGCACCGCAGGACACAUCCAGCUACAAAAGCCCCAUCAAAUCGCCCAGCCAGUACUUUCAGAUUUGUUAUUGACACACAGGUAGAGACAAGAGGACGGAAGCUGCAGGGUCUUCUUCACUUUUAAUGCACAAAUUAACCGUUUACCACAGAUUUUAGGGAAAAGUGCAGGGAAUUAAUUUUUCUCUCCCCGCUAUUGAGUGUACUAAACCCCAAAACAAAUGUGUGAAAGCCUCGAUCAACCACACGAAACUGCAAAUGUGGAUUUUCUUAAGAAUUUCCGACACGCUCGAGUCGUGCAGCAACAGCGUUUCGCGGGAUCAUUACUUAUUUGGGAGGAUAGAGUGAAAGCUUUAAUGCAUUCUUAGCCACGCUGCAGUGUAGUAGUAGCUCCAUUUGUCGCAUGCUGGUACCUGCACAGUGCUUCACUGAAGGCCUGUGCUCACUGCUAAUGUUUGUCUCUGUCACGCUGCGUGAGAAGUUGCAGAGUGUGUGGGCACUGAGUGUGUGAUGUAAGAGGGAAGCUGUUUUUUUGUUGUAACUGAAUGUGUGCCACUCAGUCCUCGCGCCUGUGUGCUGUGAUGUUUUCUGUUUUGUAGCUAACGUUCCACGUUUGAGCCCACCUUAGAUCAUUUACAGUGUGUAUCAGAAAGUCUCAGAUCAGGAGAAACAAUAAAAAAAAAACCAAAACACUGUCAA